AUGUUUUCUCUCCUAGUUAAUAUUCCUGCUAAUGCUACAUGGGCACAGAACGGAGUGACUAUUGCUGGAGGUAACGGGAGUGGGGAUGCCACUAAUCAACUCAACUGGCCUCGUGGUGUCUUCGUUGAUGAUGAUCAAACAGUGGUUAUUGCUGACUACAGGAGUCAUCGUAUCAUGCAAUGGAAGAACAGUGAUACAACGAAUGGACAAGUUGUUGCUGGUGGUAAAGGCAGAGGAGAUGGAUUGCAUCAAUUGAAUUGUCCAACAGAUGUAUUAAUUGACAAAGAGACGGAUAGUCUCAUUAUUUGUGAUCAAAGGAAUCGACGAGUUGUACGAUGGUCUCGUCGUAGUGGUACAACGCAAGGUGAAAUACUCAUCGAUAACAUCCAAUGUUGGGGAGUAGCAAUGGAUGAACAGAGAUAUCUCUACGUCUCUGACACAGAAAAACACGAAGUAAGACGAUAUCAAUUGGGUGAGAAGAACGGCGCUCUCGUAGCUGGUGGUAAUGGACAAGGUGGGGGUUUCAAUCAACUCAACGUGUCGACAUAUCUCUUUGUCGAUCGACAACAGACUGUCUACGUAUCAGACAACAACAAUCAUCGUGUAAUGAAAUGGAACAAAGGUGCAAAACAAGGAAUUGUUGUCGCUGGAGGACAAGGCGAAGGGAAUGCUCUGACACAAUUGUCUCAUCCUAAUGGACUCUUCGUUGAUACGUUGGGUAGACUCUAUGUAGCAGACCAGGAGAAUCAUCGUGUAAUGCGUUGGACUCAAGGAGACAAGAAACUAGAUAUAUCUCUGCGCACUGUAGUUGUGGGAGGAAAUGGCCAAGGAAAAGGAGCAAAUCAAUUCAACGUCCCCCGUGGUUUGUCUUUCGAUCGACAUGGCAAUCUCUAUGUCAUCGAUAUGGGUAAUAAUCGUGUUCAACAAUUUUCUAUUGAAUAA